AUGUCUGUCGAUUGCCCAAUAUGCAACAAGCCCGUCAAGUCCUCCGAAAUCAAUAGCCACAUCGACUCUGGCUGCGCGAGCUUCAUCGUCGACAAGGAGUCGUCACCCUCGACCGACACCAACGGCACGACCGCCUCAUCACAGCAGCAGCAGCAGCCGCCGCCGACACAAAAACGAAGUGCCUCGAGCUUCUUCUCCACGCCCGCGCCGAAACGACAGCAGCAAAAUGGAGACGCCAAGCUCGUGACGCCGGUGCCGCUCAUCGGCAGGAAGCGCGGCUUCGACGAAGGCCCCGGCGCGAGCGACGCCAACAUCAGCCCGCCCCUGCCGAGAGUCGGCGAUCUGAGCGAGGUGCCGCCACUAAACGGCGCCAGUGUCGAUGAAGCAGCAGCGGCAGCACAAGCACAAGCACCGCCACCACCACCUGCGGCCGCCACGACGCCUGAAAACGGCAAGCUGGUCAAGCGCACCAAGCUCAGCAAGGCGGCGCCGCUGGCCGAGCGCAUGCGGCCCACGACCCUCGACGACGUGUGCGGGCAGGAGCUCGUCGGCCGCAACGGCGUGCUACGCUCGCUCAUCGAGUCGGACCGGGUGCCGUCCAUGAUCCUCUGGGGCAGCGCCGGCACGGGCAAGACGACGAUUGCGCGGUGCAUCGCCCACGCCACCGGGCGGCGCUUCGUCGAGAUCAACGCCACGAGCUCGAGCGUCGGCGAGUGCAAGAAGCUGUUCCAGGAGGCCGCCAGCGACCUCGCCCUCGCCGGCCGCCGCACCAUCAUCUUCUGCGACGAGAUCCACCGCUUCAACAAGGCCCAGCAGGACGUCUUUCUGCGGCCCGUCGAGGCGGGCACCGUCACCCUCAUCGGCGCCACCACCGAGAACCCCUCGUUCAAGGUCGUCCACGCGCUGCUCUCCCGCUGCCGCACCUUUACCCUGCAGGCCCUCGGCACCGACGACGUCGCCGGCAUCCUGCGGCGCGCCCGCGACGCCGAGACUGCGGCCGGCGCGUACCCGCCCACCGAGCUCGUCGACGACGACAUGCUGCGCUACCUCGCGCGCUUCUCCGACGGCGACGCCCGCACCGCGCUCAACCUGCUCGAGCUGGCCCUCUCGCUGACGGCCCGGCCCGGCAUGACGCAGGACGGCAUCAAGGCGGCCCUCACCAAGACGCUCGUGUACGACCGCGGCGGCGACCAGCACUACGAUACCAUCUCGGCCUUUCACAAGUCGGUCCGCGGCGGCGACGCCGACGCCGCCCUCUACUACCUCGCGCGCAUGCUGCAGUCGGGCGAGGACCCGCUGUUCGUCGCCCGGCGCAUGGUCGUCAUCGCGUCCGAGGACGUCGGCCUCGCCGACUCGUCGCUGCUGCCCCUCGCCACGGCCGCGUACACGGCCGCGCAGCAGAUUGGCAUGCCCGAGGCGCGCAUCCCCCUCGCCCACUGCGCCGUCGCCCUCUGCCUCGCCCCCAAGAGCACCCGCGCCUACCGCGGCCUCAACAACGCCUACACGGCCCUGCGCGAGCCCGGCGUCGCCGCGCUGCCCGUCCCCCUGCACCUGCGCAACGCCCCCACCAGGCUGAUGCGCGACCUGGGCUGCGGCGCCGAGUACAAGUACCCGCCCAACUACCGCGACGGCCGCGUGAGCCAGACGUAUCUGCCGGAGCAGCUCCUCGGACGGCGCUUCCUGGAGGACAGGGACCUGGGCACCGAGGUGGACCCCGAUGUGGUCAUCAAGGACGACAGUGCAAAGCCAUGA